CCUUUUCAAGAGUGUGAUGUUUGUUUUGGAAACAUACAGAACAAGAAGGAUCACUCUUAGAAAUUAGAAUGAAGAGAGUCAUUCGAUGGAAAAUGUAGCUUCAAAUUCUUCAAAAACAUCUUUCCCAUAUUAUCCUUAGGCCACACUACAUGGUAACUUUUCCAUAAACGGUGUCCUGUGUCAAUGAAUUGAAAAACUCUUUAAUGUCAUUAAUAGCAUAGAAUCCACUCCAGACAUACCAAAAGAGCAUUAUCAGAUGAAAAUCACCAAAUGUACCCCAGAAGCAGAAUCUCCCUAAGGUGAAUUCUUUUUUAUUUAUUUCUUGGAAAAGAUUAAUUUUGCUUAGUCCCCAUGAAUUCUGAUAGCCAUCAAGAGUGGAAGAAAUAUUUUGAGGGUGCAGAAUGUAGCAUCUUUGAUGUAAUCCACAAUGCAAUUGAUGUGGCUGCUUUAGAUUAUCCCAAAAUGUUCAGGCACCGAAGGAGUAAGAUUAUGGAGAAACUUUAUUCUGUUCUUCAAGUCUGUGAAACCUACCAUUACUCAAAUAAUAAUGUUAAGGGUGACAAAAUUGAAUGUGCUAAUAGUAAUAAGCUUCUUGAUGGAGGGAAUAAUAACGAUAAGGUUGGGGAUACAAAGGUAAUUGUAUUUAACCAAAAUACUAGCAACUACACCAUUGAGGAAACUGAGGAAUUGGGUAAUAGGAUUGAGGAUGAGUACCAUAAUAUUAGGCAUAUUUUGGAGAUUAAGGAGAGACUUUACAACCAUCACAAAGAGACAGAGACAGAGAUAGUAAAUUUGUUAAGGGUGCUGUCAUUGAUUGUUCAAUCAGUUGGAGAGAUACAUGCUACAAAUAUUAGACCUACAGUGAAUGUUCUUCAAUAUCACUGGUCAAGGAAGGUUACUGAAGCAGCAUUGAAGACUACUAACAUAUUUAAGAGGAUUAUAAAGGACUGUGAUGCUGAUUAUGCUGCACUUUCAGAAAGGAGUAGUGAAUGCCCUGAAUCUUCCACCCUUUUGGAUGAAAAUGCAUUGCCUAUUCCUCCAAUGGAUGAAGGAGCUUUAGUGUGUACCAUGCCUCCAUCAGAACUUCUAACCUUUUUUGAGGAACUAGAUGAAGAUGGAAAUCCUAAAGUUAGCAGCGAAACUGAAAAGCCUCAUGAAAGCAAGAAAAGAAGGAUUCCAACAACAGAAGAGAAGAAUAAAAUGGAAGUGCAACAACCUAUCAAUGAAGGAUCAGCAUCAAUCCGCCGCAACAGACUCCGAAAAAGAAAGCAACAACAAAUCACCAUUGCAAACAAUCCAAGAGAUUUUAGACCUUCACACAACAGCAGUGGUGUUGAUAUGAUUCAUGGAAGGCAGAGGAAAUCCACAACAACAGAAAACAAAAGAAAAGUGGAGUUGCCACUGAGGCAAGAGUUAUCAGAGUCAUUCCCUAUCAUAAAGCACCAAAAGUCUGCAUUGAAGGAACCAAAUGAGAAAACAAAUUCACUUGAGAAUGACAUCAAGACUCAGAACAAGAAGAAAGCUCAUGAUAGGUCAAAUUCUGCUCUAAAAUGCCAAGCAUCAGACUUGGAUGAGAAACUUGAAAUCUCAAAGAAGAAACUCCAUCAGAGAUACCAAGCACAUGAAAAAAGGAGAAGGAUCAUAAAGUACAUUCCGGAUAUACAACCUAUUCCUAGAGAUGCAAGCAGAAGCUCUAAAAAAGACUGAAAAAACUGAUGGUUAAGGCAAAACUAGUUCUUGAGAUGCCAUAACUGAAUCAGGAAGCUUAAUCUACCAUUUAUGCUUGAUAUGAUAUUUGAUCUUAACAAACUUAUAUGUUAGUGUUUUAAAUUCUUGAUAGGCAUAUAUUUAUGCUAAAGUAAGAUAGUUUCCAGAAUUUUGUUAGAUAGACAG